AUAGGAGUGGAGUCGGUGGGGGAGCCGCUAUCCGGAUCGGCCUAGUGCCACCUUUCGCUUUCCUCGGUGCGGUCCUCGCACUUUUUCUUUAUUAUUUUUUUUUCUUUCGUUUGACACGGCGACAUGGUGAACAACACGAGAUGCUGCGUACCCAACUGCAAAGACUCGAGAUCUGCCAAACGCGUCCUGCCGGUCUUCGACGAAAAGGUCUAUAAUAUUUGGGUGGAUAGGAUAGGGAACCCGAUUUUGGAAGCCACGGAACCACAAAUCGUCCACAAACGGUACCGAGUCUGUGAUCGUCAUUUCAGCGACUACUGUCGAAUUCCAGGAAGUAAAAAGCUGAAAGUCGGCAGCCUGCCCACACUGCAUCUGCCUAAAUUUUGCGAGGUGCCUUCGUACGAGAACUCUAUUUUCAAACAUUCCAAUCAAACCAGCGUGCCAUCUUUCGAUACAUUGAACUUUGGUGAUAGUAAUGACCUUCCAUUCGAUUUUAACGUUAACGAGUUACUUAGUAAGCUAAUAUCGAGCGAGCCCAGCCUGGCGGACGAAAAUAUUUUGUUAAAUUGCGAAAAAGAACUGGAAAAACUGUCCGCCAACGCUAUCCCCGACGACGGACACCAUCCAAACGGAGAUAUUUCUGAUUUUGCGGCAUUAGAAAAACUAAUUUUGCAACAAUUAGAUGAGUUAGAGCAGUCAGCUAAUAGUGUGUCAAAUAUUCCUUACUGGGAACCAGAAAAUUUUGAUGAGUCUUACCUCGAGUUCCCCGAGGUCGAUGAAGUUCCUGCAGUUACCGAACCCACAACAGAAGUUCCUGAGGCAAAUUUAGCCGCUGAUCUGGCGACGUUGACACCCAUGGACAUCCAGCUGGUGGACGUCGACCAGAGCAACAACAUGGUCUUUUUUGCUGUUGAGCUAUGAGCAGUUUUUUUCUCACUAUCACGGAUAAGGGAAGUAAAAACCUAACAAACAGAGAUUUAUUAUUUGCUACAGGAUUUAUUAUUGUUCAUUUAUUGUUAAUGGUAUUUCUCAUUAUUAAGGACUAUUUUUCUCUCUUAAAAUCUAAAGUUUUGAAAGGUCAAUGGAAUUUAUUUAAAUUCUCAAAGAAUUUUUUUGUUUAAAUAGUGUUUGAAGGUCUAGUACUUCCCAUAAUGCUACUGUUGCCACAGUUUUUCUUCUAUAAUCCUUAGUGCUGAGUAAAACACUCGGAACAGAAUGAAACUAGUCUGAAAAUAAUUGUGACAGGUGUUGCAAUCCCUUGAAGGUUGAGUAUAUUCAUAAGGAUUUUGUUUUAAUUUAUAGAAUAAAUGGCGCCUAAAUGAUGUCAAAAAAAGUCUGAACCGCAGAACAGGAUAAAAGGGAUGCCUAACAAUACUAAAUUUUUUUUGUGAUUUUAAUUAUCUGUAAAUACAACAUACUAGCAUGUAAAAAUUGCGUUUUAUAGAAACUUUUAUAUGUUCAAUGUCAUGAAUCAAGCAUUUAAUAUGAAAUCCUUCCCAAUCAAUAUAUUGCAUGUUAUAUUUUUCAUAAAUUUAAAAUGUAGAAGUAAAAUCCGAUAUAAUCAAAAUCCAUUGUUUGAAGUAGAUCAAGGUUGAUAAAGUUUGAGUACUGUGUUUCCAAAUUUAUUUUGCUUUUACAUUUAAUUUUUUUAUUUCCAUCUAUCUAAAGUCUUUUAUGUAGUUUUAAGGAGUAUUUUAUUUCUAUUCUCUGAUGAUGUUUUGAAUUUAUUUUCCAGUUUUUACCAUUAUUUUAAAUCUAUUUUUGUAGGUGCUAUCAAGGAUUUAAUGAAGACAAAGAAACUAUAUAAUUAUUUUUUUAAAAUAUUAUUAGAUUUGGAGUAGUUUCCAUUUACUUUUUGGAAAAUUCUUAAAGAGAAAGUUUAUAUUUUGGCGUUAAAUUUACAGCUGUUAUUUUGUACAAAGUAAUUUUUAAAUUUUAAAAUUAUACGGUGCAAAAAUUGAAGCAGAACAGAAGUCACACCAUAUAAAAUAACCUGUGAUUGACAUUGAUAUACUAUGUAUUUAUAAUAUAAUUAGUAUUUUAUAUAUUAUGUAUAAUAUCAGAAGAAUUGAAACCAGAAAGGUUAUUACUACAUUGACUAUGAGAUCAAUUACAAAUUCACAUUACAAAACUCACCAAAAUGUAUCACAUUCAUCAUAACCACAAGGAGAAGAAAGAAGAAAAAAGGAAGAAAGAAAAAAAAAGGAAGAAAGAAGAAAGAAGCAAACAUAAAGAAGAAGUAAUAUAGAAGAAAGAAACAGACAUAAAACAAGAAAAAAGAAAGAAUAGAUGUUGUGUAUGUUUUUGUCAUUUCAUAUCUAACUUUGUGAUUUAGAAUAUUUACAAAAGUGUUUUAGUCUUUUUAAUGUUAACUCUGUGGGUGCUAGUAGAUUAGGAACAUGUAAAUUUACAUUUUUUGCCUUGAGUCUAAUCCAGGCAACCCUUGCAAUAAAAAGGGCUUUCAACAAAGCUGCGAAUUUUUUUAAUUAUCAAGUCAAGAUUAGAAGAGGAAGUAAUUAAUUAAUGCUAUCAUUAAAAAAAAUUAUACCAGUUAAAUGUACCAAAAAAGAGUGUUUAAUUUUUAAAACCAGAAUACACACAAAUGUCAUAAAUUUUGCAUGAACAGUUUUAAAAUGCUACACAAAAGUUUCAGAUGUGCAUGGUUUAAGCCGAAUUGAAACAAUUGUGACAGGACGAAGGGCUCAGUUAUUCAAGCGCAAACAGUACUUUCAUGACUGUUCAUCUUUUCCCAGGAUUUACUAAACAAACAGGAUUACAGGAAGUGAAUUGUUUUGCAGGUUCAUUGGUCUAAUCGAUAAUAGUUGCUUUUUUAAAAUGAUGCUUAAAAAAACUUCAAAUCUAUAAGUGUGUUCAUUUUUGUGCUCCUAUUUUCGAUUGGAUAAAGAGAAGAUAAAAGAAGAAAGUAUAUUAAAAUAAUUUAGUAUUUAUUAUUAAAAUAAAUACAUAAUUUCAAUGAUUUUCUUUAUAAUGUCAAAACUAAUAAACAGUUAUUAUUGGGUAAGUAUAAACCCUUUAAGAAGUCAUCAUAGACUGUUUUAAACUUCAAUACUCACAUUCUAACAAACACUAACUUAUGGAUAAACUAUGCGUUUAAAUAAAUAUGUUUCUAAAUAUA